AUUUAGAAAAUAAGAAGAUUAAGAAACAAUGGAGAAGAUGCUGCUGCGCUCCUCUUCCUUGAUUCCACUCUCUUGCCUCGUCCUUCUUCUUCUUCUUCCGAUCUCAAACUUUCACGGAUCCGUCGAAGCGGCGGGGAAGCGACGGAUCGAGAUCACCGACGAUCUAGACGACGUUGAAGACAACGAAGAAGACGAAACAUGGAAGCAGUGGGGGAGUAAAGCAGCGACGCCUGAGUUCGACCCGCCUCCGGAUUUCUCCAACAUGGGAUUCGAUCAGAUCCAAGAGGAGAUGGCUAAACGUACUUUCGGACCGGUCGUCGGAUUCGUCAAGCUCCGGUUAGGCGUCCAGCGUUCUAAGGAUAUGGUGGUGGAGAUUGCUAUGAAAUGGACGAAAGUGCUGAGAACAGGUGGGUUAGGAGUGAGAUUCAUGGCCGUGGAUCGGAGCACGGUGAUGUUCAAUAUGCAGAACGGGAAGGAAGUGACUGAGCUAAGGGAGUUUGUGUUGAGCCAAGAAGAGGCUUAUGAGGUCAAGAUAGGGAAACAAGAGUUUCGAAGACCUGGAGAUCCUCCACUUGAUGAUGUUGUUGAAAAACUUAAGGCGAAGCAGAGCAAGGAUGAUGAAGAUGGUGAUAGUGAUAACAAGGAGGGUGUUACCAAGGAUGAACUAUAGGAAAGCUUUUGUAAUUCUGGGAACCAAGUUUAUGUAUGAGACUGAAAGUUCACACUCUUUAGCUUGACAUCUUAGAAUACAAUAAAGAAGGAAGACAUGUUUUUUUUCUUUUCGGAUGAGUAUGCACUUAUUGUUAAAUGUUGAAAGCUCAAUAAUCUGGAUGCCAUAGGCUCCUUUCUUA